CUGCUUAGUCUAAGUGGAGAGGAGAGACCCUAUAUCAUUGACUUUUGGUUCCGAAUUGGCCUUCCACGAACACAAAGACGACGACGAUUCGUCGAAGGACAAGUUGCAGGCGAUAUGGCAUCGGCUCUCAUACCCCAGAUCCAUCAUGAACGCCAGGAGCCGGGGUCGAUGCUGUGCGCGCAACACGCGCUCAAUGCGCUCCUUCAGGGCCCUUACUUUGACCCUUCCCAGCUCGCCGACGUGGCAAAGCAGAUGGACGACUUGGAGCGCAGCCAGCUCGACGAUGAGGCCUGGCGCAGUCGAGACACGCAGAGCCUCAACAUGGACGAUACAGGCUUCUUCAGUGUGACUGUCAUCGAAAGGUCACUCGAGGCCUAUGGACUGAGUCUAGUUCGAUGGAGGAGCGAAGCCAUGAAGCCGUACCAGUCCAAGCCAGAGGAGCAGCUCGCCUUUGUGCUCAAUCUCGAUUCGCACUGGUUCACCAUAAGAGGUUUCCCCAAUGGUUACUGGUUCAAUCUCAACAGCUUCUUGCCGCAGCCAGAAUGGGUGGGACCGGCGUAUCUCGGCGCGCUUCUGGACGAGGCGGAGACAGAGGGUUACUCGGUUUUUGUCGUGCGCGUUGCCGAAGGUUCUCGCGCGGCCUUUCAGAGCUCACCGGCCGAUGAAUGCGCCGCCACUCUUCCCCAUGUGUCUGUUGCCGGUGGCGGAGGCGCCUUGUCUGCUACAAGCAGCGCUAAUCUGGGUCUCAAGCCGCAGCAGGCAUCGGACUCCGGCUUCGGGAUGGACACGGGAGGCGGCGCAGCGCAAGCCGACGAAGAUGCAGACCUGCAGGCGGCGCUACGAGCUAGUCUGGCAGAUGCAGACCUCAACAGCAACAGCGGAGAAAGUCCUUCGACCUCCGCCAACCCUUUCGCUUCUUCAAUGGCUGCUGGCCAACGACGGUCGAGGAGGGCCGCGAGUGGGGAAGAUGAUGACAAUGAGGACGGAGAAGAGACAGAUGCACACGUUGAUGCCAUUGCGCCGAGCAGGCGACGGGCGAGGCCUAUGGGUGGCUCUUCUGCCGCCACGGCGGCUUCGACAGGGGCAGCAGCAGGGGGAAGCCGGUCUUACGUCCUGCCCACGGCCAGCGGAGGCCGACGACGGGCCAGCAGACAGCACAUGGUCGAGGAUGACGACGAUGGGAUCCGCAGCACCUGGGACAGCAACCCAUUGCGGCGAUCAGGCGCACGACACGCCAGUGGAAGUCGCGCCGAGACCGCAAUUGCCGUCGACGACGACGACAGCUUUCCUUCAGGCGAUGCCCAACAGGACGAAGACGACUUUGAGGAGAUUCACACCUCGGCACCACGGUCGCCCUUUCUCAAUCCUGUCUUGGCACAAGCUGCAGCAGCUGCUGCUGCAGGGGGAGGGGGAGGCAGUGGCACAGCGAGCGACGAAGAUUUUCACAGCGUGUCCAGCGGGGAUGCCGAAGAGGGCUGGGCAGGACUGGGCGAGUCGGUCACGGGUCCAGUCCAGGACCGGACAUACGACGACGAGGACGCGGAGCUGCAAGCUGCACUUGCAGCUUCUAUGAGGGACACGGGAGGGGCCUCGUCGUCGCUCGGAGCAGACGAAAGCACACUCAUGGCAGCACAAAUGCGCGAGUGGAAUCGUGGAGAGAGCAACAGCCCGCCGCCGGCCGACGUUGAGCGCAUCGCACGCAUGCGUGCAGAGGCAAGGCAGAAGGAAAGGGAGGAGAGGGAAAUGCGCGAGAGGCUGGAGCGGGGCGAAGUCAUAGAAGAGCCGGCUGCCACUCAGGGAAAGAGUGCGACAGACGGCCAAGUUGACGGCGAGGACGACGAGGACGACGAUGAGGAUGAUGCGCCCCAGCCGUCAGCUGAAGAGAUGCGAAAGGCACGGCUGGCUCGCUUUGGAGCGUGAUGGAGCACAUCUUCAUCCCUCUUAGUUACAGCAGUAGUAGCAGUAGUAGUACACCAUGGCACUACCGCUUGCCUUCUCUCUCCUCAGCACGGGUAGCGCCGAAUUAGACUUGUGUGCGCUUCUUUGCUGAAAUGGGACUCAAACAAAGGGAAAAAGAAAGACUAGCCUAGCUAACUUUAGUUUGGGCCUUCUUCACGCAGCGUGGACCCGACCUGCUUUGCAUUGAUUGACAGCAAAACUGCUACACUACGUACUACACG